AUGGCUUCUCUCUUUAUACUUCGCCCUUUACGGGUUUCGCUGCCUCGAUCUGGCUCGCAGCAGCUUCGUCAGCCAGCUGCCAAAGCCGCGGGGGUGCGCCGGUCUUUUUCCAGCUAUCUUGUGACUCCCCAAGAACUUGCCGAAGCCCUCAAGAAGGCCCCUCCUUCGCCCAUCUCGUCCGAGCCCCGCGUUAUUCCUCUGUGUGCCUCGUGGUUUCUGCCAAACGACCCGGAAGGCCGGACAGGUAUCGACGUCUUUCGAGAGAAGCGAAUUCCAAAAGCCCGGUUCUUUGAUCUGGACAAGGUGAUCGACAAGCACAGCGAAUACCCACACAUGCUCCCAACCCCAAAAGGCUUCGCUGCGGCCAUGAGCGAGCUGGGCAUCCGGCACGAGGACACAGUGGUUGUAUACGAUAGCAAGGAGCUGGGAAUCUUCAGUGCGCCCCGAGUCGGCUGGACAUUGAAGACGUUUGGCCACCCACGGGUGCAUAUUUUGAACAACUUCAGGUUAUGGGUAGAACAGGGUCUGCCAACUGAGUCGGGGAAUGUAUGGACUGUCGAGUGCGGCACGUACCCCAUCCCCGAAAUGGACGAAGCGAAAGUGGCACACUUUGAGGAUGUGCGUGAGGUAGCUCUUGAUUACAACAAGGAGGGCGCUGAGGGCGUCCAAAUUCUGGAUGCGAGAUCAUAUGGCCGUUGGUCCGGCAAGGACCCUGAGCCAAGACCGGGGCUUUCUUCGGGACACAUGCCCGGCUCCAUCAACAUUCCCUUUGACGCUGUCUUGGAUCCCCAGACCAAGGCCUUCCUUCCUGUAGACAAGCUGAAGCAGGUUUUCAAGGAAAAGGGCGUUGACCCGGCAAAACCCAUCAUCUCCAGUUGUGGCACGGGAGUGACAGCAUGUGUGCUCGAGACGGCGCUCAACGAGGCCCAGUAUGGCUCUCCAGAGACAAGGAAGGUCUACGACGGGAGCUGGACGGAAUGGGCCCAGAGAGUGAAGCCCUCGGAUUCGCUGAUUCGCACCGUGGAGCAACACAGCGAGUGA